GUCACAGGGGACAAACUCAUUCUCCACCCACAAAAAGUCCAUUGGCUGUUUUAGCAGCUCUGUUGUGUUGGGAUGAAUAUUUCUCAUCAUCAUUUGCCCUAGUUCAUCAGGAUCAGUCUAUAGCUGGAAGCCUCAACACAGCCGACUCACUUUACAGCUAACAAUCUUGUCAGGUAUGGAGAUCUCUUUCAUUUGUGUAUUGUCAUAGAUGUAAUAUAUCCAUGCUUCAUACCUACGGCAUUUUUAGUCCGCUGUUCAAUUUGAGUACUACGUUUGUUUUUUUGUUCUCUGAAUGUAAUAGUUUGUGAAAUCACGUUGAUACUACUACAUCAUUAGGAUCCGAGGUGAAACCAUGAGGGUGCUGUUGGGUGUCAUCAUGUGCACCGUGGUGCUUCUACUGUCCCUAAGGAGCUGUGCUGCGGGUAAUACGCUGUUUAAUGUACAUCUUACUGUGCUUAGAAACCCAGUUAGUGCUUUGUCUGUUUGUCUGUCACUAAAACAAGCAAAACUGUGUAAAACAGGAAUCUUGACGUGCAUGUGAUUCACCAUAACCUGGUCCCAAUGCUGUUAUUGUCAAGCCAAACAAUCUGGCCUCAAAGCAAUGCUCAAUCAUUAAUGACCACUAAUGAGGUCGAGAAUAAAAUAGAGGAUUUGUUUGGUAUGACAAUAAGUGACUAGAAGUUGGCAUCAGGGGCAGACAUAGCAAUUUGGGGGCCCAUUUCAAAUUCUAUUGAGUGGCCCCCUAACACCCAAAGGAGACAUUUCCCCCAUACAUUUACUCCUUGAUUAUUAUUAUUAUCCCACAAUUGAAAUGUUUAUGCAUAGGCCUUAUAAAUCUGUUGAAUUAGUGACUAACUGACAUUUGUGUAAAUCAGUCAGUGUAAAUCAAUCAAUCAAUCAGUCCCCUGGGCAGCUGACGUACCAUUUCAUUUGAAACCUACGAAACAUAGCUAAGUCCACCUCUGAUUGGCAUGAUAACAGAAACAGACCGUCACUCAGGCUAGAUUCACGAGAAAACAUGAGAAAAUGUAAAAAGACUGUAACCGGUCGAUGCACUUGUGUGGUGGCAGUGUGGCAGUGUAUAUGCUUAUUUUGGUGCCAGACUCCUCAUGUUCUCUCUGCUUGACCUGGUAGAGUUUCUUAGGGCUUGACGAGUUAUCAAUGAGGAGACUGUCAGCUGGGCAUGGCAUCAAAGAGAGGGGCCGCAUCCUGUCUGGCAUACACACAUCACUCUGAUAGAAAAAGAAGCGAGCCAGCUGACAUGCUCACAAAAAUGGUAAUAAAUCAAUUCAAUGCAACAAACAAGGAGCCUUGUGUUUAAGUGUAGCCUAAAAGUGACAGGGCCCAUGAAGAGCUUGUAUGGGUGUCACAUUUUGAAUAGGAGGAGCUGAUGUGUGUCAGGAUCGCCCUAUGGUAUUGAGGGAGCCCUGAGGCCUUAGCCUGAAUCAAGGCUUUUGAUACUCUUUGACUGCCCUCCCACCCCACAGUGCCAUGGCUUUGUGAUUGCUUGAAAUAACUCACAAACUGGAUUAUGGCUGUAAAUAGAUCUUGGGGGUUUUGAACACUUUCAAGAGGGAAAGGAGAGUGGCCAGCUCUCUGGGAUGCCGGAAACCAGUUGUGAUGACUAAGAAGGCAUCAAUGCACCCCCAACUGGCAAGUGUCUUCACUGACAUUUUUAACCUCUCCCUGACCGAGUCUGUAAUACCUACAUGUUUCAAGCAGACCACCAUAGUCCCUGUGCCCAAGAAAGCAAAGGUAACCUGCCUAAAUGACUACCGCCCCGUAGCACGCACAUCGGUAGCCAUGAAGUGCUUUGAAAGGCUGGUCAUGGCUCACAUCAACACCAUCAUCCCGGAAACCCUAGACCCACUCCAAUUUGCAUACCGCACCAACAGAUCCACAGAUAACGCAAUCUCAAUCGCAAUCCACACUGCCCUUCCCCACCUGGACAAAAGGAACACCUAUGUGAGAAUGCUGUUCAUUGACUACAGCUCAGCGUUCAACACCAUAGUGCCUACAAAGCUCAUCACUGAGAUAAGGACCCUGGGACUAAACACCUCCCUCUGCAACUGGAUCCUGGCCUUCCUGACGGGCCGACCCCAGGUGGUAAGGGUAGGCAACAACACAUCUGCCACGCUGAUCCUCAACACUGGGGCACCUCAGGGGUGAGUGCUUAGUCCCCUUCUGUACUCUCUGUUCACCCACGACUGCGUGGCCAAGCAUGACUCCAACACCUGAUCACCGGCUCCUUAACAGCUUCUACCCCUAAGCCAUAAGAUUGCUGAACAAUUAAUGAAAUGGCCACCCAGACUAUUUACAUUGACAGCCACCCCCACUCGCUGUUUAUUAUCUAUAGUCACUUUACCCCUACCUACAUGUACAAAUUACCUCGACUAACCUGUACCCCCGCACAUUGACUCAGUACCGGUACCCCCUGUAUAUAGCCUCGUUAUUGUUAUUUUAUUGUGUUACUUUUUAUUUAUUAAAUAUUUUCUUAACUCUAUUUCUUGAACUGCAUUGUUGGUUAAGGGCUUGUAAGUAAGCAUUUUACGGUAAGGUCUACACCUGUUGUGUUCGGCGCAUGUGACAAAUACAAUUUGAUUUGAUUUGAUUUACCUCUCACUAUCUGCAAAGGGGUCACUGACUCAGGGUAUGAGGGCUAAAGAUGGCCACAGCACAAAGAGCUCUUUGAAUCCGCCUGCUGAAUUUGUAAGGCACUCCAAUUGCACUCCAAAUGAAAGAAAAACAUUUGUGACUCAGUGAUGUUGAGCCAGUGGGACCAGAAAGACGCUUUGGCAAUGCUUCAAUGCCGAUGAAGGUCUGCCGGUGCCCUUUCCUCUCUCUGUUCAGUGUGUCAGCAUGUACGUUGUUGUCCUCGUGUAUAUGCCUUUAUUCAGUUGAAAUGACAUAUUGAUGCAUUGAUGUAUUUAGAAAGCACUCACAAUGCUCCGCUGUUGGAGAUGCUGUGAAUCAUAAUUGAUUUACCUAAGGAUGUCAUUGGCCAUGUUCAAAUGCAACUUAAAUUAGUUUAUCUUCCUCUUUGAUUUGGAUGUGGGUGAAUCAAGAUAACCUCUAUAUCUCACUAAUAUAUAUUUUCCUCUAGCAAUGCGACCAGACUUGACAAUCACUACAAUAAAGGUAAUUAAAGGGUGCAUGUUUCUGUCACUCUACUUUAUUCGCUGCAACCAUUUUCUACUCAAUUACAAACCAUUUGCUGCUUUAUAAAUAUGACUGAUGAUGAUUCAGAAGUCGGAAUGGUUCUUCUGUGCCUCAUCCUUCAGCAAGAUCCAUACACCAUAUCCAAAGGCUCUCAGCUGGAAGGUUACUGCAUGGACCUGCUGUCUGAGCUGGCAAAGAAACUGGACUUUAAAUACAACGUGCACCUGGUGAAAGAUGGGUCCUAUGGCAGGCAGGAUGAGAGUGGGGCCUGGAAUGGGAUGAUUGGAGAGGUGGUGAGAAAGGUGAGGAAAGCUAACAUUUUCAUAGAUAAGUGAUUACAGUGCUGAACAACUGCUCACAUGUCUGCUUAAGAUGAAUAAUGUCCAUUCUAAUGUGACUAUAACCAUGUGGGAAGUUAUUAAUCCAGAUAAAAAGCAAAUGUAAAAUAUAAAUAUAUAUUCGUAUCCCUGUAGGAGGCAGACCUGGCGAUUGCUCCUCUGACCCUCACUGCUGCCCGGGAGAAGGCUGUAGGGAUGACCAAACCCUUCAUGCAGACAGGCAUCAGCAUUCUCCUGAGGAAAGACAUCUCAGUAGAGGCUGGCUUCUUUGACUUCCUGAUCCCCUUCUCAGUAGAGACCUGGGUGGGGAUCCUCGCUGCAUACCUGGGGACCGCUAUCUCCAUCUAUGUAGUAGCCAGGUGAAUUAUUGUUGUGAUAAAGUUUCAUCAGAAAAUACAUUUAUCAUGUACUAAGCCUGGAGGGAGCCUUUGACAAGUAGAAUUGAAAGACUGUUAAACAAACCUUUUCAAACACAGACUCAGCCCAUGUGAGUGGAGGCAACCCCAGACUGAGGAGAACAGCUUCACUGUCAGCCACAGUCUGUGGUACACCGCUGGAGCCCUCACUCUACAGGGUAACUAACAGGGAUUUAACCAGGCAUUUCAACCAAUAGCUUACCCACACCAAUACAACAGCACAAGAGCUGUGUAUGGUCUGUGUAGUUUGGUGUUCUGAUUUAGUAUUGUUUCUUCUUAUUCUCAGGUGCCGGUCCACACCCCAAAGCAUUAUCAGGACGCAUAAUUUGCUGCAGCUGGUGGUUGUUUAGUCUGGUCCUGUUGGCCUGUUAUUUCUCCAACCUCAGCACCUCUCAGGGCUCAGACUCCAAUCAACUGAUGGUGAAAGGGUUUGAGGACUUGGCCAACCAGCAAGGGAUUGAGUAUGGGACCCUGUCUGGCUCCUCCACACUUGCUUUCUUCAAGGUGAGGCCAGUGCACCCUGCCACACCCCAUUCCCUCCUAUCCCCCUCUUUUUCCCUUCGCUCUUUGCCCUCAAAUGAUUAGGCUCACGUGUCAGUGUCUCAGUUCUGUCAGUUCUCUCAGCAGCAUACUGACUUUCUCUUCCUCUCUGUCCAUGGUUUUAUUUUCCAACGUGUAGAACUCUAAUAACCCAACCUACCGCAGGAUCUAUGAGCACAUGGAGAGAGCCAAGAGUUUUGUGUCAUCAAUGGAUGAGGGUGUUCGCCGGGCAAAGGAGGGCAACUUUGCCUUCAUUGGAGAGUCUGUGUUACUGGACUUGGUGGUGGCUCGUCACUGUGAGCUGGUCCGUGUUCAUGAGGUCAUCGGCAUGAGAGGGUACAGCAUCGCAGGCACCCUGGGUGAGCCACAAAUCUAGGGAGUGAGAUAUCAUAUGGCAACACAUAUUGACUGAAACCUCUGAACUGUAUUUAUAUGUGAUAAUGUUCUUACACUCGCCACAUUCAUGCGACACAAAUACUUUCUCUAACAAGCCAGCUGAUGUGCAAAUGGUACUGUUUGUGUCAUCCAGGCUCUCCCAUGCUGAAGAACCUCAGUGUGGCCAUCCUGGAGCUGAGUGAGGCAGGGGAGUUGGCUUACCUGCGCAGUAAAUGGUGGGCCAGCAGUUGCAUGGCAGACCCAGCCAAGGUUUCCCCUCUGCAGCCCCACAGCCUGAAGGGCAUGUUCCUGGUGCUGGCCCUGGGCCUGGGGCUGGGGGUGCUGCUGGCUGUCCUGGAGCUCACCGCCAAGUCCCGGAGCAAUGCUGCGGAGCAGAGGGUGAGCGACACAUACGCACGCACUCACACAGUCUAACACUUAGACUUUCACUGCUGGUUUAAUUAAGAGUGGUGGAUUGUGGGAAUAUUCAAUAUGAAUAGAUAAGCAUAUUGCCUGGUCAAGAUUGCUCUACAUAUCGCUCCAAUUUGCUCCCCACAGAAAUCAUAUUGCACAGUGUUGUCUGAUGAACUGAGUCAGCGCUUGAGGACCACCACCACCAACAAGAAGAGAAACCAGGAAACUGCAGACAAAGACAAAGCAUGAGUAGAAAUGAUAGUAGAGACACUAUUAUAUAUGGCCUAACAAAGCAAAUGUCACUAUGCAGGUCUUGACAUGAGUUUGGUUCUAGAUACGUUUUUGAACCACAAAGAAACACUGUGUAUCAGAAAUGCUUACAGACUAUUUCCAGGCUGUUAUAUGAUAUUUGUUAAUUAACAGAGUAAUAAAUAACAUACUAAAGAGGUGGAGUAAAUUAACAAUACUACAGUAUUAUGUUUAAGAUAUUUUAUUGAGAAAAACAACAUGUAUAUUUACUGUUACAAAUUAUUUCACGUGUACUGAUUUAGAAAGAUUUAAGAGCGGUGCAAAAAUAGAAAUUAAACAUGAAGGUCCAAGUCAAGUCAUCUGUAAAUUAUGAAAAAUAAUUAGUUUCAAAGAGUUUACAUUUCAGUACUUUUGAUCAGCACAAAUACUGAGAGCAAUAUAUUACUGUUAUUAAUUAAAUUAUGCAGUUAUUCAUUUUAAAGUAGAUUAGACAUUUACAUAUU